UGUUUGUGUGAAACUUUUUUUUUGUUUUUAGUGCCGCAAGGCCUCUUCUCCAGUUUCCAGUUGCAGUUUGCAGUUGAGAUCAUCUGAAAGAGGGCAGUUUGAUCAACCCACACACGUUGUUCACUGCGACUGAGCUGUGAACUUCUAUGGUAGCUGGUUGGUUGGUGACUCACCUGGUUGAGGCUGAUGCUGUGUCUUUUCGGACAAACGUGAGCUGAUGGUGGAUCGUCACUUUUCUUAUAGGAGGGCGAGAAAGCAUCACAGGAUCUGCGGCGGGAGGUGAAGCGAGGUGAUUGGGUGCAGCAGCCACGGAAGAGGAGAGUCUGACAAAGAGGGAGGAAAGAGCUGAAGUGGGUCGCUGAAGGUGCGGAUCAGAACGUGAGAAAGAAUUCUUCAGACAUGGUGGAUGUUUGGCUACACUAGUCGCCUCAUGUGGACCAGAUACUCCGGGGGGACACAAGACCAGCAGCAGGCCCCGAAACUUCAUCCAGUCCUCCUCGUCAACGUACAACUGCCGUCUGUCCUCAAGUUUCGAUGAGACAUGGCCGUCUCCUGGCUCGUCUGGUUUUUUGCGACUGCCAUCUUCGUCUCCAUGGUCCUCCUGGCUGGCAUCUGUCUGCACUGCAGGAACGAAGGCCCUCUGGUCUCCAUCAGGCAAAUAAACGCUUCAGAGGAGUACAUGCCAUCCACUCAAUUCAGAAUCAUCCAUCCAUCCCAGCCGUCCACAGAUCUGAACUCCAUCCACCUUCCCUCCAACCUGCUGUCACCUUUCUCACCUUCAGCUGAUCCUUUAACUCAUCGUAGACAAAGAUCCUUCACUCCAACAGAAACUGAAAGUAACCCAAGUUAUGAGAAUCCAGUAGACGGUCCUAACUUCACUGAGAGUGAUGCAGAGGACCCCGGAUACAUAAUCGUAUUGCCCGAAGGAGAGACUCCUCAGACCAAUCAGAGCCGAGCCUCAACGCCAAGUUCAGUUUCAUCCACAGAUGUUCAGCACGAUUAUGAAAAUGUCCCAGAGAAAAAAGAGGAGAGAGGAGAGGAGAGAGACUAUCUGAAUGUGGAGCCACGGAACUUUCAAAGAUCAACACCAGACGUGUCGGCUCAGAGCGACAGUGAUGACGAUGAGGGGAACUAUGUUAACGUGAUUGAGGGAACACAGACUGAAUGACCACAGUGAGCUUUUUUAAAAUGCCAUCCACACUUCCUCUUCUACCUGUAACUCACGAUGGUGUUUAUUUAAAAGUGCUGACGGACUGAGAGCUGAAACUGAGGAGGAAGAGGGAGUCUUUCUCUCCAUUUCUGUAGGUUCAGCUGAGGGAACAUUUCAUAAACAGGCAGAGUCUGAUUUAUCAUCAGUGGGGGGGUUAAAACUAAUAUCCUGCCAGCAUAGUUUUAUUUCCUAAAACACCAUUCAACGGCCAGGGGCAGAAAAAUGUGUCUAUACUGCUGAUGGCAAAUUUUAAAAAGCCUUUAUUAACCCUUUGAAACCUCAGCAAAUUGACUUGAUUUCUUUUUAAAAAUAUGGUA